AUGCUUGCUGAAAGAGAUAAUGAAUCACCAGCAGACUAUUAUUUAGAAGGUUCAGAUCAGCACCGUGGAUGGUUUCAGUCAUCUCUUCUUACCAAGAUAGCUGUGUCUAAGAAGUAUCCAGCCGUGGCCCCUUUUAAAACCGUUAUUACUCAUGGUUUCGUUCUGGAUGCCAAGGGACAGAAGAUGAGCAAGUCUCUGAAGAAUGUGGUGACUCCAGAUGAACUUAUUAAUGGGCGUAGCAAAAAAGACCGCUUGGGAAUCGAUGGCAUGAGACUUUGGAUUUCCCAAUCAGAUUAUACCUCUGAUAUAUCUCUGUCUCCUGUCAUUAUCAACCAAGUUGGAUCGCUGUUGAAGAAGCUGCGAGUAAGCUACAAGUUCUUGCUCGGAAAUUUAGAGUCGGUACUUCAUGAGCCUUCGUACGAGCAGCUCCGCGCAGUUGACAAAAAAGUUCUUUCAGGACUCUAUCAGCUGAGCAAAGAUAUAUCUCAGGAUUAUGAGUCACUGGCAUUUAACCGUGUGGUGAAGAGGAUCCAGGGACACCUUAGUGUUGACCUGUCUGCCUUUUACUUUGAUAUUGUGAAAGACAGGCUAUAUGCCGAUGCUAAAGACAGUGUUGAAAGGAGAUCAAUUCAAUAUGUACUCGCACAAGUCCUUAAAGUGUACGUUACAUGCUUGUCUCCGAUUACACCCCUAUUGAGCCAAGAAGUUUGGGAGUCAUCACCAGACUACAUACGUCAGGGUCAUGACUCGCCUUUCAAAGCCGGUUGGUUUAACGUACCGGAGGAAUGGCAUAAUGCAGAUUUGGAAGCAGAUUUUGAGACGCUCAUGAAAUUGAGAGGGUUGGUUAACAAUGUUAUGGAAGAAGGAAGAGGGGAUAAAAACGUCCGGUCUUCUUUGGGUUCAUCGGUCUUUCUUACUGUUGAUGAUUCGUCCUCGCUCUACGAAAAAUUACAAGAAUAUAGACCAUUCUUAGAAGAACUGUUCAUUACUUCUAGUGUACAGUUGAAUUCUCCAAUUCCUGAUAACCUAGAAUGGUCAUACCAAUCAACAGCGACUAUUGCAGAUAGUGACAUUACUGUAACAGUUGGUCCUCCUGCCUUGCACAAGUGCCCUCGUUGUUGGCAAUUCACGUCCGAGCACGAAAGUGAACUCUGUCACAGAUGUGAAGACGUUUUGCAUCCAACCGGCCAUUAA